ACAACGCUGGUAGGAGGGAGAGAAAGGUCGAGGGCGAGAGAGCGAUAGAACUAGUCAAGGAGAGACACUGAACCGUGGGAAAUGCUCGACUAGAGCGAGAGAGAGAGAAAGAAAGAAAGAUAAUGAACAAGCGGCGCAUGCCGUAGCCACGGCCCCCAACUUGCUCUAAACUCGUGCAGCCUGUCGCUGUCGGUCGAAUUUUAAUGGCGGCUCAUUCCGAUUCCCUGUUUAGUGUUAUUUUCAAGCUCGGAAUGGUACAUCUGUAAUCUUUAUAUGCGGCCAAAACGAGCGAUAAGUGGUUCCGGUGAAUAUCGGGUGCGCGUCUCAGUGUUCUAUCGGUCGGGAGGGUAUAUCGAGGGUCCAUAUCAAGGACAUACUUGGUGCAUAUCCGCGAUGUGUCGUAGCGACUCUCGCGUACGAACAUUCCAUCGUGCAGUCGUGUUGUACGCUCUGGCGUUUUGAUGAAAAAGCUCCAUCGUACAUGAGUAAAUUAAGAGUUUCGUUCUGUAUUUCGACCAAGACAUGUGUAUGGAUGCGUGCGCGUUAAUCGUGAGAAGAGGAGGAAAGUAGCUUCGAACGAGCUGACCGAUGAUCGUAUCAGAUCGGAGCUGCGAGCUUUUUUCAUUCUGGAGACGAUUAUCGACAAGGAGUAAAAUAUCUUUGGCUUCGUGCGAAGACACUGGUCUUAGCUGUCAAGUGCAGCUAUGCUACUCACACUAAUGAAGGGUGGUGCGUGCAACGGUGUAACUCAAAAAGUGUGGAGCCAUCUGCCCUAGCUUGACAUCGUCGUCGACGAAAUGUUUUAGUACCGAAAUCGAGGUACCGGGCAAUCUGAAUCAUGUCGGUGCCUGGACAUACCAAUAGCUGCUAGUAUUGUAUCAAUACUGGCUUUCUACCAGUGGGACGCAUACCCUUAUUACCUUCUAAGCUUCCUACCCUAGACACUUGUACACGCACAAACGCACACGCAGUUAGCGUGUGCGCGUGUGCUUUGUCAACUAUCGUCUACACAACAUGAGAUUCUUGGGAUUUGUAUCAUUUCCCACUUCGCCCACUGUGUCGUCUCUCAAGCUACUGCUACCAAUUCACAGAUUAUCCCUUUCAUCCAUGUACGUUGCCACCUGGUUCCUGGUGGUACUAGUAACUGCAACCAUAGACACACCUGCUAGUACUGUUUCACCUGUGAAAGAGAACAAAUCUCUGCACAUUGUCUCUCAGUUUCCUCCAGGAGAUGGUCAGAGAUAUGGAUUCUAUCCUAUAGAUCCAAAUACAACGAGAGAAGGUGCCCUACGAUUCAACCACCUCACUAUAGAUCCAUCUACAGGAAGAUUGUACGCGGGUGCUGUCAACAGACUCUUAGAAUUAGAUUCUGAUCUCAAGUUAGAAGAAUAUGUUUCCACAGGACCAAGAUUAGACAACCCCCAGUGUCAUGCAACAGGCUGCAACUCCAGAGACAUAACUACAUCUCUAAUGGACAAUGUAAACAAGCUACUGAUCGCUGACCUCGAAUCACAGACGUUGAUCGCGUGUGGUUCCCUUCUUCAAGGUGCUUGUGAAAAGUACAAAAUGUCAAACAUAUCUGUCAAGCCGGAGUUCGUUCCCCUUAGUGUAGCAGCCAAUGAUGAGAAUUCUUCUACGUACGCUUUUAUUGGACCCGAGAGAUACAAUGCCUGGGGACAAACGAACAUACUCUACGUCGGUACCACGUUCACCAACCGCGGGGAUUACAGACACGACGUGCCCGCUAUUUCCAGCAGGAGUCUCGACAAUUUGGAAUUCGCCGAAUACACGUUCAAUAAACAGUCCAUCGUAUACAUCGACGUAAAGUACCGAGAUCAUUUUUUGGUUAAAUACGUGUACGGUUUUAACGCAAGCGAUUAUGCAUACUUUGUAUUGGUACAAAAACAAUCUCACCUUCCCGAGGAAGAGGAGAAGGGUUACAUCUCCAGGCUGGCCCGAAGUUGCAUCAGCGAUCCGAAUUACGACAGUUACACGGAAGUGACGCUGCAAUGCGUUGUCGAUCUCGGCGACGGGAAACUUCAGAGUUACAAUUUGGUGCAAGAUGCGAAAGUAGCUGCUGCUGGAAGCGACCUGGCCAAGCAACUCGGUAUCUCCGUCGGCGAUCCCAUAUUCGUCUCCGUAUUUUCUCCGAGCAGAGGUAUCACGAACGAACCGUUGUCUCGGUCGGCGCUUUGCGUGUACAGUUUGGAAGAUAUCGAAAGAACGUUUAAUGAGAACAUACACAUGUGCUUCAACGGUAGUACCAAGUACAGGAACAUGGGUUACGUGAGUGGCCCUAUACAAGACGGGAAGUGCCCCACGGCAGGGACAACCGGCAAUAUUUUGAACUUCUGCGAGGUGGGCUUGAAGAUCUCUGGAAUGUCGCCCAUCGUAGGAAAAGCGAUCUUACAUUUUCCCGAGGAAUUCAUCACUUCCGUGACAGUGACGACUACAGAAAGCCAUACUGUCGCCUUUCUAGGUACCAACGAGGGUGUUCUCAAGAAAGUUUUGCUCUUUGGAGACGGAGCAUUCGUCUACGAGAGUAUCACGAUCGACGAGGGGAGCAGAUUGAUGCCCGACACUUUGAUCUCGCCAAACACGAAACACAUUUACGUACUGUCGAGCUCGAAAAUUUCCAAGGUCAAGAUCGAGCACUGCAACAGCUACACCAACUGCAGCACUUGUCUCGACGCGAGAGAUCCCUACUGUGGCUGGUGUUCGUUGGAGAAGAGAUGUACGAUCAGGGGAGAUUGUCAGAAGGCGAGUCACAGUAGUCCACGAUGGUUGUCUUUGGGCACGGGACAGCAGUGUAUCGAUUUCGAGCAAGUACUUCCGGAUCGAAUGCCCAUCAAUCAGAUGACCACUGUUCAUUUAACGAUCAGAACUUUACCGGAAUUGCCAGCGGGUGCGAACUACAAAUGCGUGUUUGGCAACGCGGAGCCCAUAGAUGCGUUGAUGACGGGCUUUGGAUUAUCGUGUCCUACACCACCUGUUACCGAGAGGCCGUCUAUACCGGAAGGAGCCGAUCACGUCCUAGUACCACUGUCCGUACGCUCGAGCGAGACUAACAAAGACUUCGUGUCGCGAAAUUUCGCGUUCUUCGAUUGCUCCAGACAUACGAUGUGUACAGAAUGCGUAAAGUCUCAAUGGGCGUGCAGCUGGUGCGUUUACGAUAACAAGUGUACGCAUAAUACGAGUUGCCAGGGUAUAAUCUCCGGGGAAAAUGUGAGCAAUCAGGCAAGUUUGGCUGCGCACGGUGCACAGUACUGUCCAAGAUUCGUCCAACGCCAAGAGCCGUUAAUGUUGCCCAACAGUGUGCCCAAGGAGAUAGUACUCGAAGUUGAGAAUCUCCCUCAUCCGCAAGUAGGACACAGUGGUUUCCAAUGCAUCGUCUCGAUCGAGGGCGCUAAUUUAAAAGUACAAGCUCGUGUGGACAGCAGCCGUUACAUAGUUUGCGACAAAACGGUCUACUCGUACGAGGCGGUCACGGGUGAAUACGAGGCGGAGGUGACCGUUGUUUGGAACAUUAAUCAUCACGUGGAUAAGACGACGAUAAUCCUGUACAAGUGUGAAGUGUUGGGUUCGCAUCGCGAGCACGCCGACUGUUCCCUUUGCGUAACCAGAGACGCGCGCUUCGAAUGUACUUGGUGCGGUAACAGUUGCGUGUACCGGCAUUCCUGCUUGCACUCACCGUUUACCGAGUGCCCGAAGCCGAGGAUAGACAUGAUCAAACCUUUGAGUGGACCGAUUGAAGGUGGCACAUUGGUCACCAUUGAGGGCAGCAACUUGGGUCUGAAGGAGAGCGACGUGGAAGGAAAGAUACACAUUGGUAACACCCCCUGCGCGUUAGUCGACUACGAGGUGUCCGUGCGAAUCGUUUGCCGUACCGGGAGACACGAGGCAACGGACACUGCCUCCGUGGUCGUUGGCAACGAUGCUGGUUAUACCGAGAGCUCCGUGUUGUUUAAUUACAAAGAUAUACGAUUAUCUGGACUCUAUCCGUCAGUUGGCCCGCAAAGUGGGGGCACUCAACUUGCCAUUACUGGUAUGUAUUUGAACAUCGGUAGCACCAUAUCGGCUUACCUAGACGAUUUGCCAUGUCACGUUAACGCUACUCAAGCCAGUAGCACUAGACUGACCUGUGUGACGAGUAAAUCCGAUCGGGUAAGAAAAAUCGAGAGACUGACCCUUAGCAUAGACGGUGCUAAUCGUACUCUAGUUGGUAAUCCUUACAACUACACUCACGAUCCUACCAUCAUGGAGAUCAAACCACUGACGAGCUUCGCCUCCGGUGGUCGUAUGAUUACCGUUCACGGCACGAAUCUGGAUACCAUUCAGAAGCCCGAGAUGGAAGUUUACUUCGACAAUGAACCACUGCCAGUAAACAGGACUGUUUGCACAGUAUUGAAUCCGACGCAAAUGGAAUGCCCCAGCCCCAGCGUCGCUAAGCGUUUCAUGUCCCUUCGGCGAAACACACGUUCCGCCGUUAAUGUUCAAAGCGUACCGCCUCAGUCGUUGAAAUUAAAGGAAUCUCAAUUAUCUUUGAAGAUAGCGUUCAUCAUGGACAACGUGGAGAGCGUUCGAGAUUUGGAGAAACAUUUCAAGAGCCUCAGAAACCGUCUGUUGUACGUCGAAGACCCAAAAUUCUUCGCGUUCCCGCGAAACAUCAAAUUAUAUAAAGGUGACACCUUAGUCAUCGAAGGGGAGAAUUUGAUUUACGCUAGCGACGAAUCCGACGUUAACGUCACUGUCGGUAUAAUGCCGUGUAACGUGACGUCGCUCGCUUUGACUCAACUGGUUUGCAUCCCGCCUGAUCAACAGCCAGAGGACACGGACGAGCUUGGAAUUAAAACCGAGAACGGUCUACCUUUAGUGGUGGUGCGCGUGGGUCGAAGCCUCAGGUUUCCCAUAGGCUAUCUGCGCUACGAAGUUAUUAAAUCCUACCCAAUACCACCGGAGGCGAUUGCCGGCAUAGCUGCAGGCACGUUCGGUCUCGUGUUUCUAUUCGUUUUGGUAUUGAUAAUAUACAGAAGAAAGAGCACGCAAGCGGAAAGGGAGUAUAAAAGGAUACAAAUACAAAUGGACACGCUGGAGAGCAACGUUCGAAUGGAGUGCAAGCAGGCGUUCGCUGAACUGCAAACUGACAUGACUGACUUAACCGCAGAUCUGGAAUCGUCCGGUAUACCAACGCUGGAUCACAAGAACUACAUCAUGAAAGUAUUUUUUCCCGGUGUCACGCAUCAUCCUAUAUUGAACGAUCCCAGAUCUCGUAGCAACGUGUCCCGAACGAACUACGACGCUGCUAUGAUCCAGUUCGAACAGCUGAUCAACAAUAAAUACUUCGUAUUGACGUUCAUCGAAACCUUGGAGGCGCAGAAGGAUUUCAAUAUCAGGGACAAGGUGAACGUUGCGUCGCUGCUGAUGGUCGUGUUGAUGGGUAAAAUGGAAUACGCGACUGAUAUAUUGAUGAAUCUUUUACUGAGGCUCAUCGAGAAGGCGGUGAACACGAAGCAUCCGCAGCUGAUGCUGAGGAGGACCGAGUCCGUCGUGGAGAAGAUGUUAACGAACUGGAUGGCACUCUGCAUGUACAAUUACCUCAAAGACUACGCAGGUUCCUCUCUGUUUUUAUUGUUCAAGGCAAUAAAACAUCAAAUAGAAAAAGGUCCUGUAGACGUGAUCACACACGAUGCUAGAUACUCGCUGUCCGAGGAGAGGUUACUCCGCGAGCAGAUCGAGCACAGCGUGGUCACCCUGCACAUCGUCCAAGAUGAUCUCGAUGAGAAGAUUCAGUGCAAGGUGUUAGAUUGUGAUACUAUAAAUCAAGUAAAAUCCAAGAUCCUAGAUGCUCUCUACAAGAAUACUCCUUUUUCACUGAGGCCGUCCGUUCACGACGUAGACUUGGAAUGGAGACACGGCAGGGGUGGUCACUUGACCCUCCAGGACGAAGAUCUCACGACCAAGUGCAGCGGCGAAUGGAAGAAGAUAAACACGUUGGCUCACUACGGCGUGAAAGAAUCUGCGGUGAUGUCGUUGAUUCCUAGACAGAACGAUGGUUUUUCCGUCGCGUGCAAGCCACCGUGUCACAAUUGUAAACCAUCGCACUAUCACCAUCAGCAACAGUCCAUUCAUCACCAUCCUCAUCACCAUCAUCUGCAUCGUCACGCGAAUCACUGUUCGUCCACGCACCUUCCAUCCACGCCUAAUCACAAUCUAAUCAGUCCUGUAAUGUACAAUCAUCCGGUAAGCGGUUUAUACUUUGAGAGUCAGCAUUCGCCGCCUAUCAUAACGGCGAACGGCGACGUGGAAAGCGGCCAUGGAGGCAAUCAACGAUUGUACCACUUGGUGAGGCCCAUAGAGGACAGCCACUAUCCCCCGGGCAUGGGUUUCACUGGUAGCAAGCAUCAUCAUCCGGAGCGGACGCACAAAGCCAUACCCGAGAUAUUUCUAACCAGACUGCUGUCGACGAAAGGCACGGUACAAAAGUUCGUCGACGAUUUCUUGAACACGAUAUUAACCGCGAACGAGGCGUUGCCCAGUGCCGUGAAGUGGUUGUUCGAUCUUCUGGACGACGCCGCUAAGCAACACGGAAUCGUCGACCCGGAAGUGCCGCACGCAUGGAAAUCAAACAGUUUACCGCUUAGAUUUUGGGUGAACUUUAUUAAAAAUCCAGACUUCAUGUUCGAUAUUAACAAGUCAACGACGGUCGAUUCGAGUUUGUCCGUGAUAGCGCAAACAUUUAUGGAUUCUUGCUCGAUGACGGAACACAGACUUGGGAAGGACUCGCCCUCGAACAAAUUGCUGUUCGCUAAGGAUAUACCGCACUAUCGGGAGAAAGUGGGUCGUUUUUAUUUGGAUGUACAAAGACUGCCGCAGAUCACCGAUCAAGAAAUGUCUAGUGCCAUGCAACAACUGAGCGCGUCACACGCGAACGAGUUCGACGUGAUCGCAGCACUGAAAGAACUCUACAUCUACGUCAGCAAGUACUAUGAACAAAUCCUAGAGGCCUUGGAGACAGACGCGGGCUGUCGCAAAUUACAUCUAGCUCACAGGCUAGAGAACGUUGCCUGCACGCUCGAGGGAGAGGAAACCAGUGCCUGCUGACACAACGUACUCGUCGCCAUCCCAGGACCCGUCAAUCUCUCCAGAAACACUGACUAGUGCCUCCAUUUCAUGCAUCAGAUAGACCUCGUUACAUAUGUACAAAUCUACACGCCGUGUGAAUAACAAUGUCGUAAAGAAAAGAAGAGAUACGUGCGAUUUCGUUAAGGCUAGUCAGACGAUAGUUUUUUUUGUCAGGAUUUUAAACUGAUCCUGGUUGUAGUAUUUGCGUCUAUAAUGCCAUGGCCGUAUCGAAAUACGCUCGUGCACGCGUACAGAUAUUAGCAGAGUGGUGACAAAGGGAAGGAAACGGUGACUCUGAACUUUGAACUCGAUCUGUUUUUAUUACUAUUGUAUAUUUCAUUUAUUUUACUAUACAUAUAUACAUAUAUAUAGUGUGUAUGUAUAUAUAUUAUAUAUAUAUAUUUGUAACAAAUUAUAGAGGAGCGAUGCGAAGAUGAAAAGAGGAAUACUCGUUCGGAACUCAAUGCAAUCGGUGGAAUCUUCGUUAAUAAGAGUUAAUAAUUUAUAGUACGAUCGAAGAAGUAUAUUUCCGGUGACAUAGCUUAAAUAUAGAUCGACGCGCGAUACAAAAGUCCGUGCAGAAUUAAACUUGAAAAAAAAGAUUACAUUGAUUUUCAGUUCCAUUGUUGGCCGUAUACGUAAAUUAUUCUAGAAAGCGUAUGAGGAAAAACGAAAGGGACAAGUGUGUGUAAAAGUGAAGCGCGAGAACGGAAAAGCCAUAGUGUCCACCAGACUGUCUGUACAAAGGGAGUACGGCAGCGAGUAGUCUGUGAUCCGAGCAGGAGUGGCUAUGCCUACUAUCUUCAUUAUGAUAUAUAAUUAUUAAUAUGUUAUAUAUUAUAUAUAUAUACAUAAAAAAUAUAUAAAGCAAAGGUCACGCGACAUACAACUCCACGGAUUGUAGUGAGCUAGUUAGAGAAGGUCUAUAUAUGUAUCAUAAGUCGAGGGUCGGGAACUCUUUCGCAGAGAAAGAAAGAGCGUGUGAGCAAGAGAGUAAGAAUGAUAUUAAACUAAGGCAGUUAAGAUAAUGUCAAAAAAAAAGAAGGAAAUUUACGAGAGCAGCUUGGACUACUCUAGGCCUAUUUACGUACAUCUAGUACGUAAAAGAAAAUGGAAAUCUUUUUAGUACCUUCGUUUUGUUCACUUUUUUUAUGUCUGUUUUAAUUUUUCUUUACUCGAUUACAUUUAUACGUAUACGUAUAAGCACGACUGUUGCUUCGAUCUGGAAAGCCGCGACGUGGAUCGUAUAAAGUCUUCACGACUAUUAUCGAGUUGUAUUAUACCUAUUAUUACUCUUACUACUAUUAAGUUGUAUCGUCAUCUAUAUAGUUACAAUUAUCGAUUGCCCAUUCAAACAAUAGUUAGUUUCGUGUACUGUUAAGCGUAAGUAAUUGGAAAAAAUCGUGAAGGAUAUUUUAUAUUACGCAGCGGCGAGGAUGUGUCUAGAUCUUUUCGAAUGAGAUGGGGAAAUUUAAAAAGAGAGCAUAGGAGAAAGAAUUUUGUACACGUCUGGUUGCAUUUUCGGCGGCACUCGGUCAAUAUCGCGGUUGAACAUGCCAAGAAAAAGGCGUGAGGAAACACAACGAUGAACAGUAUUUUCUUAAAAUUGUCUGAUUUGUGUAGUUCGUAUAAGACUGCGUCAGUUCGAAAGUCCUGCAUUUUUCUUUUUUAAGGAAGCAUUUAAUAUCGUUAAUUAAUAUCGUUAUUCAGGCAUAUGAAUGUUUAACAGUUACAUCACUGCCCACUGCGCACUGCCAAUUUUUCUCCAUGCGCUUUUACAAACAGUUAAAUACCGGAAUAUAGACCUACUCAAUUGUAUCGUGAACUAUUAUAUGAUCGUUUGACAGUUUUGUCGCUGGUGGAUCUAACGAGAGCUGGGGCCGAAGGCUCACUCUUGUACUUAAUUAACACUUUUGCGUGUUUCGUCUAUUCUACCAUGUCCCAGCUUUUCUGUUCGACGACCAUCGACCCGUGUCUCUCUAUUAUAUGUAUUGUAUUUAUUUAUAUGACGAGGAACGAAUUGUCUAUACGAGAAAUGAUACGUCAAUCUGUUCUAUGUGAUUUCAAGUAUCACUUUUCUUCGCGCGUACGACCGUACGCGUAUUUGUACGUUUCGUUUUUUGUACAAGUCGCGCGCGAAUUCAUCGAAGGAGGAGGGUCAUUUUACAAAGUUUUGCGUCCACAUGGAACGAAGGUAGAACGUUCUAGAAUUUAAGUAAACGCGCACCGAAGCUGUGCACCGACUUGAUUUCGCGUACAUCGUAUCAGUUCAACAUGUGCAUUUCACGUAACGUGAUGAUCGCGAUUAUGGAACGAAUGUAACGAUACGGAGAAUGAAACUUGAACAGUUUCGAUUGUAUUUAUAAGUUCAUUUUGUUUUCAUUUUUCCUGUAAUCGUCUAGUUAAAAUAUUGUAUACUUAACUUACCAUCUCCUGAAGAGAUAUAACGAGAAUUCUGUUGAAUGAAGAAACGAUAGCGUGUACUGUAAGUUCGGAAGAAAUUAUUUCAAAUAUUUUUAUUUGUUGAACAUAUUUUAUAAUGAUUUUAUAAGGAGGAGUACGAUCAUUUUGUUUCGUAAUCGAAAGAAUUACAAACUAUCCAGCCAUAUGUGAAACGAAAUACUCAAUUUUGUAUAAAAGAAAAAGGAAACGAGAAUAGUAGACAUAUUUAUAAAUGUACCUACUUUAUACGUAGAGUAUUAUACAUACUGUUUACAUAGCAAGGUUCAAUAAAAAUUCAAAGCAUACGUGUUUUUGCAAUAGUUAGGAAAAAAUCAUUUGUGCGAGCGAUGAUUUUUUUUGUCUAAUAAAUUUACGGAAUAUAGAAAUUACUUGUGAACACUGUUUCCAUUUAUUUGAAUCAAACAACUGGACGUGUGGUCUUCCAGAAUUACACUCAAUUAAUUUUCACAUCAAACUCGGGCAAGUGUAUAGUCUUAACACGAUGUGAACCUUUGUAGGCAUCAUUAAGCCACUAUCAAGCUUUAUCGCCUACGAAAUGAUUUUCAUUCAACGAACACUUUGUAGUAAUAGAAACUGAUAUGAUAGACUGAAAAUUGCUAUCCCUAUCGUUUAAAAAAUGGUUUUUAAUCAUGUUUCUUGGAUCCAACAGCAGUAUUCGUAUUACCUAUGUUGUAUGAAUACUACUAGUGGAUAUUACUUGAAUCAAUGUUAUAUUGUUAUAUGAAACGUGUGUCAGAGGCGAUAAAGAGGGAUGGUUCGUAUUUAAAUACGUUGUUAAAGAUGUAUCCGUACUUACAAUAGAACUAAUCCUUGAAUUGUGGAUGAUACGUUUUUGAUUGUACAUAUGUAUUUCAUAUAAGAUAUUAUUUAUAUUACUAUUGUUCAUAUUGAUAUUUUUCUAUAAUCGAAAGGAAGUUAGUAAAAACCGUGUACAGUCCACGGAGCUGUUGGAAUUGUGAAAUCGACAUUUUUUAUAAAGUCAAAUAAAAGGAUUCGUUCGUAAAUCGGGUAAAGUUAACGUCCACAAUGUUGAGGAUCGAUCAUUUUUCUAAGAUGGGCAUAGAAAACGUUCUCCUUUUUCUUAAACGUAGUCUUACAUAGUACAGAUUGACGUAUGCUAGUAUAUUUGCACACAUAUUCGUAGAAUACGUAAGCAUCGUCUUUAUACUGUCGGAAACUGAAGGAUACUCCUGACAAGUGUGUGGUACGUCUUUAACGAUCAGAUUGUUCAUUUUUAGAGUAUCUCGUACGUGAAGUACGUAAAAUACGUUCGAGCGCAAUUCGAUGGAAGGCCGUAAUAAUUACACCUUAAUGUACAUAUACAUUGUGCACAUGCAAAUUUCAAUGAAAUUCUGUUGUUUCUCUGAAGCAUCGAAGAACACUAGUGCGCGCGGAAGAACGUUUGUAAAGGAACGAAACGGAGAGUGAGUUUUUUUAAUUAAUUACUGAGAUUGUUAUACUAGUUGCUACUCGAAUUAUUAUUAUGAAAAAUUGAUGAUAUUUAAACAAAUCGUUUGUUCGCGGUGAAACGUCAACGUUCGAACAUGCUCGCGACAUCGGCAGAAUUUCUCGGACAAUUUGCACGCUCGACAGUUGACUCCAUCCAUCUGAAAAGCUUGUCAAUUCUGCAUUCAACGUACAUGAAAUAUAUGUACUGUAUUGUAAUUAAUGGAAGAGAUGUUGAGGCGGUUUAUGAGUCGAUUAGUAAUGUCAUGCUUCGUAGUAUAGACGAAUCCAAAACGUCGUGUCGAGUUUAAGAUUAUUCUUUGUUAAGCUUCGGAAAAAAAAGGAUGGGGGGAUGAUCGUUCCCUGCGAGAAUAAUUUUAAAUGUAUUCGAGCUUGGGAAUAGCGUACCGGGGAAAACAAAGGGGCUCGAUUUCAUUCCCGUGAAUUUUCGAAUGUAACUUUUCUCGUUGUAUAGUCUACACAUAACGUGAAUUGUGUGCGAGUGUGUACGAAAUACAGCUUUAUGCGUGAUCAUGCGUGUGCGUGUGCAUGUAGUUUCAACCCCCGAGGAAUGCAGCCCUGAAUGUAAAUAGGAUUCAACCCCCCAUCGCGCAUACACGUAGGUUUUAAGUAACACUCGAGAACGAAAUGACUCUUGCCAAAUUUUCAAUGGGACGUAGGGACAAACAAAUAAGCAUUUGAAAAAUUGCAAAAAUAUAUUGGUAUUAUAAAUGAA